AUGCGAACCACUUCCAUCUUUGCAGCACUUGCUGCGGCAGAGACGAUACUCGCAAAGGGCCCGUUUCUCCAGAAGAUUAGCUCGGAUCAGUGGGUGAUUGGUAAUGACCUGUGGAACGUGACCCAGGGCGCAACAUACGCUACCAACCUGCAAUACCAAGGCUCAGAUGCUGUAGGGAAAGCACAAGGUCACUAUGCUGGAUAUGAUGGCGAAUCCAACCUGGUCUUCACGUCUGCUGCCAUCGUCUCCAACUCUGCCGCCGAGUACAUCGACGUCUCCUUCUCCUCGUCCCUUGGCGACCUCCACUGGGUCAUCUACCCGGAUCUGACGGGGGCCUAUCAAUACUUUGUCAACAAAGCAUUGCCGGACAUUUCCAUAUUCCGCACCUUGUGGCGUCUUGACCCGGAUCGCUUCACGCACGGCUUCAACACCAACAAGAACGAGAAGCUGCCGGACUUUGCCCUGUACGCCAAUGCCCCAGAGAUCCAGGAUGAGACUUUUCAGUUCCCCGAUAGAAGUUAUGUGACAAAAUACGAUUUUGCAGACUAUGUUCGAGAGAGAGACUUUGUGGGUGUUUACGGAGACAAGACGGGGAGUUGGUACAUCCACCCAACGAAUGAGUAUCAGCCAGGAAACCACCUGAGUCAGACAUUGACGGUCCAUCGCGAGUCGGCAACAGGAGACGCUGUACAGCUCAAUGUAGUGCAAGACACGUCCCACUUCCGCGUCGGUGUCAAGACGCCUCAGCCUGUUGGUAAGGUCUGGGGCCCUUGGCUCUGGUACUUGAACGACGGCUCUGUGUCGGAUGCUCGUGCUCGUGCUGCCCAUGAGCGCGCAACGUUCCCCUACGCCUUCCUGAACAACACAGCCUACCACUCCCGCGGGAAAAUUGAGGGCAAACUGACCCUCUCCGACGGUCGUCCUGCAGCAGGCGCAGCGGUCUUCGUCGGCGACGUUGACACCUCUACUCGUCCACUUGUUCAGGGGUCGAACUACUACUACACCACCUUCGCCGAUGCCAGCGGCGGAUUUUCCAUCCACAACGUCCGCUCCGGCUCCUACGGGCUCGUCGCCGCGUCGAACGGCGGCGUAAUCGGAGACGUAUACACCAACUUCACAUCAUCUCCCAUCGUCGUCAGCAAAGGCAAGACAUCAAACCUAGGCAGCCUGACAUGGCAAGUUCCCGCAAACACGAAGCGAAUCUUCCAGAUAGGGGAUUUUGACAAAAAGGCCACUGGCUUCACCAACUCAGGCCCGCACGUGCACGGGCUGACGGAGAAGAGCGCCGCGAACCUGACGUACACGAUCGGCACCUCCAAGACGUCCGAGUGGAACUACGCGUCGUCGAAGCUGGGGUCGUGGGCCGUCGUGUUCAACACGACGCGCCCGCGCGCCAGCACCAAAGCGCGCCUCUCCGUGUCGCUGGCGGGAUACAGCCAGAGCACGAGCGUGACGAUCCAGCUCAACGGCAACAAGACGAUAGGCAGCAUCAGCAAGGACUCGCUGAGCAGCGACCCGGCGCUGUACCGCUCGGGCACCAUCAGUGGAGAGUGGCACUUGCUGCAGUACGAGAUUGCGGCGGGGGAUCUCGUCGAGGGCCGGAAUGUGCUGGCGUUUACGACGGAUCGGUAUACACUGUGGCGGGGGGUGCUGUGGGAUAGCAUUAUCCUCGAGUGGGUCUUGUAA